GUAAUGUAAUAAGAAAUAAGAAUGUUCCAUGUAACAUUAUGAUUUCGCUGAUUGACUCGACUCUAGCGUGAUUAUAGGUCUUAGUUAAUUUUAACCUUGAUAGCCGAAAGAAAAAAAUUCAGUGAAUUUAAUUUUUGAAAUGAAGGAAUAUUACGCUAACUAAUCAAAUAAGGAAAAUUAAAUUUUGCUUAUUUUGUUACUUUGGAGAAAAAUGUUAGCAGUAAAGCGCUGUGUAUCAUGUUUGAAAAGUAAAAAUUCAUUAUUUCUUCCAAUGCGUUUCUUUGCUGUGGAUAUUGAGAAACCAGUAACAGAACAUACAGACAAUUAUCCAGUUACAAAACCUCAGUUACCAAUAAUAACGUCACGCCCUCUUCCAUAUCCAUCAAAAUAUGUGAAGCCUCGAGAAGCUUGGGUAUGUAACUUAGAUACUGUGGAAGAAGAAUUGUUGGGAAUCAUAGAUUUACACCCAUCAGUUUUUGGAGUGAUGCCUAGGUUAGAUAUAAUUUUCCAUAACUAUCGCUGGCAACAAAAGUAUCGUUUUGUUGAUUAUGUCACCGAGUUAUCCAGGGCAGAAGUUCCAGGAGGAGGUCGUAAGCCUUGGCCUCAGAAAGGAACUGGCAGAGCUAGACACGGAAGCAUUCGAUCACCUAUUUUUCUCAGAGGUGGAAAAGCACAUGGUAAACGAGGUCCUAAAACAACUUUCUAUAUGUUACCUCGUGCAACCAGAGUCUAUGGUUUGACUUCUACUUUAUCUUGCAAAUUUGCUCAGGAUGACUUGGUUAUUGUCAAUUCGUUAGAAAUCCCAACCAAUGAACAAAAAUUUAUUGAAGAACUUAUGGAGCACAGGCGUUGGGGAAUUUCUGUGCUUUUUAUAAAUGAGACAGACAUUAUGCCAAGAAAUAUAACUUUAGCUACUGACAAAAUGGAAUCUGUUGUCUUGAUGCCAUAUUAUGGACUCAAUGUAUAUAGUAUGCUGAAAUAUGACACAAUAGUUAUGACUCUGGAGGCAUUAAAUAAAAUUGAGGAAAGACUAUUGUUUCAUCUUCAUAGAAGUGAUUUAGAUGAUGGUAAAUUUAACAGAUUUGACUUUAAUAAAUCUGUUCUUAAGAACAGUGAUGUAAUGCGUAUGGAUCCAAAAACUACUACAUAAUUAAUAAAUUAUUGAAAAUAA